AAGCGGAAGUGGCCGCUGGGCCGCGGUGGCGGGUGAAGCCUUUCCCCUAGGGAUGGGCUCCAAGGCCAAGAAGCGCGUGGUGCUGCCCACCCGCCCGGCGCCCCCCACGGUGGAGCAGAUCCUGGAGGACGUGCGGGGGGCGCCCGCCGAGGACCUAGUCUUCACCGCCCUGGCCCGGGAAGACCCCCCAGCCCCCUCUGGGAGGGCCGAGGACACUGAGGCCCAGCGGGAGCAGCUCUACCAGCAGAGCCGGGUCUACGUGGCCACGAACCAGCGGCUGUGGCAUGCGGGCGCCCAGCUGAAGCAGCAGCGCGAGGAGCUGCGGCGGGCACGCGAGGAGCUGGAGCAGGAGGGUCCCUGGAAGCUCGGGGCAGUGCUGGGACCCAGCACGCAGGGCCCUGACAAGGGAGACCCUGCGCAUCCCAGGAAGAAAGAGUGUCUGCUUCACCCUGAGAGACCCCAAAACUGGAGACUUGACCUUGGAGGCCCAGGUGUCAAGAAAGUGCGGGCUUGCCUCUAGUGGCAGCAGUGGACGCCAGGCUGCCUCCUCCAGGGCGCACUGGCUAACAGCGGGCCCUUGGGGUGAGCUGCUUCCCCUCUCCCUGCCCUGCCUGGCCUCCGAGUGGGGCCGCCUGUCUUUGGGGCACUGUCCACCCUCCGGAUCCCCCCGGCAUCAGGCAGAGACACUCCACUGACUCCUGCCGGGUGCCUCCCCCUGCGCCUGUCCUGAGCGCUCUCCCUGCACCCCCGGGUCACGCUGGGGCUCAGCCCUCGGGCGUCCCCUUGCGUCCUCACGGUUGUGGGGAGCGAGGCUCUGCGGGCGGCACGUGGACCCCCACCCCGGCUUGUCCCCUCUGGAGACGGGCGCAGGCAGUGUGGAGCGCAACUCAACAGCUGUUUAUUAAAGGUGCAUAUGGGACGCCUGGUUCCGCGGCCUCCUUCCGCCAGAUGACGGCUUUACGGUUGGGGGGACGGGAUGGCACGGGGCUGUACAUAUUUACAUGUGUCCGGUGGCACUGCAGACCCAGGAGGGAGACGCAGGGUGGAGGGGGAGCCUAGACCGCUGGGCUCGGGCUGUAGCCGGCAGGGUGGCAGGGGUCAGGUGAUGCACCGAAUCCAGAACCCAGCUCGUGGCGUCCGUCUGCCCCUGGGCCAAGGUCCGGGAGUGGGUGCCCCAUGUCCCCUCAGCGGGUGGCCAGGCGGCGUCCUGAGGGCUUCAGACUGUGGUCCUCCAGCUCCUGCCUCAGACGACUGUCCAGCAACCGCCACUGCUUUCCUCCAGGAAGCCCAUCUUCUCAGGGCCCUGGGCCCCCACUGGCCCGCUGGGCUGGGUGAUGAGGUGUGGCUGGCCCCGCUGCAGGGUUUGGACAAGGCAGAGGUGGCUCUGACAGGAUGGCCCCGGCCUGGGGAGAGAACGCCUGGGCCAGACAGAGGGCAGCGGGGGCGGCCGGGGAGGGUCCUCUGCCCCCAGUCACGGUGGCCGCGCUGCUCGCCGAGAGGUAGCUCUGGGAGUUCGCCCCACGGCCCACGUGGGGAGACAGGCACACAGCGGCCAGAGCGCCACCUGGGUCUCCCAGUGCGGGGGGCUCCCACCCCACCCCUCACGGCGGGGCGAGCUGGGGUGGGGCCCCCUUUUCCAGGGGAGGCUGGCCCGUGGUGGUGGGGGGCAGCAUCCUUCAGCCCCCAUAUCUGAGAAGGCGCUCGGAAGACCCCCCAGCCCCGCCCUUCUGGCUACUGAAGGGGACUGGGGGCCGGGGGCGUCUGGUUUCUGAGACGCGUCUGAUCCUGAUCCUGAUCCGCCAGGGGGCCGGGUUCCUGGCACCCUGCUCAGCCCCCGGCCUCCUCCACUGCUGCCGCCGGCUGGCCCUCCACAGGAGGGGCACGUGGUGCAGCCCUUCCCUCGUGCUGCGUCCAGGCCCUCAGGCAGAGUCCUGGCGCCUGUCCUGCAGGACGGGUGUCGGGUGUGAGGGAGAGGUUGCAGCGAGUCUGUGUGUCUCAGCGGCGGCACGGUGUCCGAGGGAGAGGAGGGGCAGUCGGUGGCGCCCGGGGUGGAGAUGGGGCCCCUCUAGCACCUCCUCUUGACUCAGCCUUGCUCCCCCUCCUCCCAGAGAAAGGACGGACGCCGGCACAGGGUUCCCCGGCCCCAGGAGCAGCUCUGCAGGGCGACUGUGACUGCAUAUCCGCGGGUCGGCCGAGAGCAGCCCCGCCCAGAGCCGGGUUCUGCAGGGAGGCGGUGGGCGGCUCUUCCUGCAGGUGUGCCGGGGCUCCCCCUCCGCCUCCUCUGGGACCAGCUCCCUGCAGCACCUGUGGGCUCCAGGGCCUCCCACUCCGAGUCCCACAGCUGUGCUGGACCUCAGGGAGGAGGCCGUGCCCGCACGGAGCCCACAGAUCCAGGGCUUCCCGCGUCGCAAAGGAGAUUGAGAUCGAAAAGGGAAAGGCCGGGGGCCGGGCGGGCGCCUGCCGGGACGUCCUCUCUUAGAGUGCAGUCCAGGCCCGGCGGCGGGGCGGUCAGCCGGGCCCCGGCCUCCCCUCGGUGCCCCGCCCGCCUCGGCCAGAGCCCUCGCGGCACGCCUGCCUCUCCGUGUUCCUUACGAGGGUUGCGGGGGUGCUGUGUCCAGACCACCCCCGGCCAGUCCCGGGGUGCUCCAGGCUCCCUACACUCGCCGUCUCCGGUGGGGCCCCCUUUCUGUGGGGCUCAGCCGCGCCCCUCCCCCGUGCCCCACGCCGAGGCUGAACAGGCAGACGAACCGGCUAAACCCUCGUGAACAAGUUACUCAGCCUUGCCCGUAAUUACAGGCUUCCUGCUGCGCCUGCUCUGCCACGGUUGCCUGCCGCUGCCCCCAGCUGGCAGGCUCCCGUCCCCCACGUCGGCGGGCGGGCACUGUCACCUCCCUGCGGCUCCCCGGAGGGGAGGGGAGGGGGUGUGGUGCUGAUGCUGGGCCCGGUGGGGUCAGGAGCCCAGGAGGGCACUGCCGAGGACAGCCCCAGCCAGGAGCGCGGUCUCCGCGUGGGGGCCAGGCUGGGACGGCGCCCCCGUGGGCGCCCCCUGGCGGGGACGUAAGGUCCACCCUGCAGCUCACUUUCCUUGCGGAGCCCCCUGGGCACGGAAGCAAGCGUCUACGCAGUGAGUGUGGGGCCCGUACGGGCAGGGCAGAGGCUCAGAGGGCGGGGGCCCGGGUGGGCAGGCGGGUGCUGGGACCACCCUCGGGGCAGCCAGACGGCCCUGGGCCGGGAGAGGAC